AGGCCCUCCCAUUUUUAUUCUGGACGCUUCGUGACGUAAUGACGCCGUACGCUCUGCGCUACGUUCCCAAGGCAAGAUGGCGGCGUCCUGAGAAGACAACACAUCUGUCUGAUUUUCGUGUUUAUUUUGUGGAGCAUUCAAAAAGUGCAUAAAAAUGCCCAAAGUACUGAUCCUCAGCAAUGAGGUGAUCAAGAUGAGGGCGGAGGUAAAAAGGGUAAAGGUGCUCCUCAUCCGAAAACUCGUCCGUCAGAUCUCAGUCCUGGAGAAGAAGAAAGGAAGCGAGGCAGACUUGGAGAAGUUCCGCAGGCGAGCGGACAGACUUCGGGAGGAAAUCCAUGAGCUGAAAAACGUUGCGCCUGACAGCGUCACCAAGGCCGCCCUACAGAAGGACAUCAACUUUGAGAAAGUGUGCCGGAAAAAAGAGGCCAGCCUAUCCAAACGAGCCAUCGCCCGCAUUGCCACGCACCCACAGUUCAGCAAAAAAAUCCAGAGCUUAAAGGCAGCUAUCAGAGCUUUCAAAGAAGAAAGAAUAAAUGCAGUGAAAUCAGGAAAACAAGCAAAAAAUGAUGCAGAAAAUGCCACGUCGCAAGAUCAGUCACAAGCAGACAGAGACGAUGAUGAUGAUGAGGGUUCAGAGAAAUCUGAUGAUGAAGAUGAUGACGAGAAACUGAAAGUGGAUGAGGGUGAUAAAAAGACAGAUGAAGACAGGCAAGAGGAGAUUGAUGUUUCCUCACAGGAGAGCCAGAAGACGAGUCUAGAGACAAGAAAUGAACAGACCAAACAGUGCCAGAAAGAAAAAUCACUAAUAGUUGAGGAAUCAUCUAAGAUGGUCAGCAUCCCAGUUGAGGUGAUCAGAAUGAGAAAGGAAGUGAAGAGGACGAGAGUGCUGAUCAUCAGCAAAAUGGUGGAGCAAGUGGCUGUUCUGAAGAAAAGGAAGAAGGGUGAGGAAUCUGAGGUGAAGGAAACCCAAGAAAGAGUAAAGGAAAUCCUGAAAGAAAUCCAGGUUUUAAGGAGCCUUAAACUGGAUCAGGUGACAAUGGCUGCACUUCAGGAGAAUGCUGAUUUUGAGAAGGUUUUGCAGGACCCUCAGGCAAGCCCAACGGACCGAGCCAUCGCACAUAUCGCCACACAUUCCCGCUUCAUCAACAAACUCCAGCAGAUCAAAGAAGCCAUCAAAGAAGAAAAAGCAAAGGCUGCUAAAGCUGAGCAGAGGAAAACCGACAGUUCGAAUAUGGUGCAGUCUGAGAAUAAAGAUGAGGAACUGGAGGAGGAAUCUGAGGAAGAUGAGGAAUCAGAGGAUGACCAGAGCAGUGCUGACAGCGAGGAGGAUGGUGAUGUGGUAGAGGAAAAACUGAACAGUCCAACCACUGAGAUCCAAAAGUCUGGCACUGCAAAGCCAACAGAAAGUACAGACUCUGAUCUUGUAAAGGUCCCACCAUCCAAAAUCAACACAGCAUCUCCAGAAAAAUCCAGGGUUGAAGUUAAAUUACAGAAAGCAGAGCCCAUCCUUUCAAAUAUCCAAAGUUCUCCCGAAAAGACUUCAGUUGUAAGUAAGAAGAAUGUUGGUAAAGCAAACAAAGAAAUCAAGACCAUCUCAAAGCCACAAAAGCAACAACACAUACCUGAGACAAAGAAUCUUAAGGCAGAAAAGGAUGAUGAAGAGAGUGAUUUAUCAGAUGAUGAGGAGGAAGAGAAGGAAUAUUUUGAUGACAGCACAGAGGAACGUUUCCAUAAGCAGUCGUCUCAGUCUGAAGACAGUGAUGACGACGACUUCUUCCUGGGCAAAGUUAGCAAAUUUAAGAAACGGAAAAGUAACCAAGGUAAAGUUGAGGAGAAAAAGACUGACAAGGAUGCCACCGACAAACCUCACGAGACAAACCUUGGCAAAUUACAGUCUGUGUUUUGCUCUACGUUGUCCAAAUCCACCGUCUCCUCUCAGAAAGCAAAGUUUGGCUCUCGCAGUGAUGGUCGAAGACCUCCUCAAUUCCAGAAGCAGAGGAGAGAUCCUGAGGGUAGGGUGAAAGCAUCUCAAUUUAAAGGCCAAGACCUUGGCGCUGACAGGAGGACGGGUCCGUUAAAACCCAGCAGACAGACUUUUAAAGAUGCUGAACAAAAGCAAGCGGGACCUUCAGGGGCAGGGAGGGGAAGGCCACAGUUUGAGCAGAACCGGAAUCCCAGAGGUCCACCUGGCAGGAUGUUGAACCCACCCCAGCAGGCCCUUCAUCCCUCAUGGGAGGCUAGCAGGAAGAGAAAGGAACAGCAGGCACAAAUCAAAGUGUUCCAAGGGAAAAAGAUCAGAUUUGAUGAUGAUGAUUAAGAGGAGUCUGCUUAAAUUCUUUUGAUGCAUUUAUAUUUUAAAACAUAAAAAAAUCUUCCUGUUAAACUAUGUACUGUGAAUUUGUAUUAAAACACAGAUGUAAAACACAGUUGUUCUUUGUUUGCUUAUGAUGUUCAAAGCCAAUGUGAAUUUCCUGUCAUGUCUAAUACAUAUCUCAUAGAAAAAAACGUUGGAAAGUGUCUCAAUUUUGUAAAUGAUCCCAGAUUUUCCCAGACACAGUUUAAUUUUUUCAGCUGCACAAAUAGAUUUCCAGGUACUAAAUAUUAAC